AUGGCAGACGAAUCAAGAACUGUCAUAACACCAGACCAAUCGGUCACAAUAGGGCAAUUGUUGCAACUGUUCAAACAGUUAAACUCCAACCAACCGCCCACUGAAACCGUAACCAACACCCAUACCCUCUCCAUCUCAGAGAAAUUAACAAACCAGAAUUACACAAAAUGGUCUAGGCUGAUGCACUUAGCCAUUAGUGGACGAGAUCGUCUCAAUCACAUCAUUGACGACCCGCCUUCCACAAACGACCCAUCGUACAGCCAGUGGAUCAAACGUGACUCGAUUGUUAUCUCAUGGAUUUUAGAGAAUAUAGAUUCUGACUUAAUGAAUCAGUAUCUCGAUUUCCCAACAGCCAAAGCUUUGUGGCAAGGGAUUGAAACUCUUUACAGUAGUGGGAGAGAUGGCCUGCAAAUAUUCGAUCUGACAGUCAAAACCAACAAAAUACAACAAGGAACCGACACAAUUGAAACAUAUUAUAGCAAGCUAAUCAUGCUAUGGAAAGAAAUCGACAGAAGGCAACCAAACCCAAUGAAAGAUCCAGACGACAUCAUCGUUUACAGUCAAUUAAUCCAAAAAAAUCGAUUAUACCAAUUCUUAGCAGGAAUCCAUCAGACGUUCGACAAGGAUAGACGUGACCUCUUACUUUUAGACCCACUUCCUACAGUGGAGGAGGCCUAUGCAAGUAUAAGAAGAGAAAUAUUAAGGCGUGGAAUCAUGAAAACGGAGCCCUCAUUAAAUGUGGAAUCACCGGGCUCCGGUGGAGUUUUCUCGGCAAAAGGAAGGAUUUACCGACGUGAGGAUGACAAACCUCACCUCAAAUGCACCCACUGUGGAGGCACAAGACAUACAAAGAACGAGUGUUUUAAACUUGUAGGCUACCCGAAAUGGUGGCCAGAUGAAAAAAAGAGGGGGGAAAGAAAACCAGCACGUUUUCUGGAGCAAAAUCGGACCGGACAAGUAGCAAUGGGAUGGAGUACUGAGGGACAUGCAUCUAUAGAUGAAGCUGAAAGGAAAAGGCAAGAACGUACCAGAGAAGCCAUGAAGGAACCAGACGAAGAAGGUACCAGAAGAAGCAAAGAGGGAAUUUCUCUCUCCUUCUCAAACGGCGCAGCAGUAGGGUUAGAAGGGGGGAGUGAGGAGGAAAGGCUCCCUCUGCAGCCUUUAAAUAGGGAAGCAGUAGGGGUUUUAAAAAGGGGAAGGGGGUCACGUGUACCCUUGCUCCCAAACCAAAAUUUUUCAUCCUCUUUUAAUGUUUCAUCUUAUUUUAAGGAGGGUUGGAUCUUUGAUUGUGGUGCUACCGAUACAAUGUCAUUUGACCCGAUUGAUUUUUUGACUCAUGACAUACCUAGGAAAGACAUCAUUAAAACCGUGAAUGGGGAAGGGAUUAAAGAUGUUCAGACAGGAAAAAUCAUUGGGCGUGGUAUUGAGAGAGAUGAACUGUAUUACUUGGAAGAGGAGACUCAAAAAGGCAAAGCGACACUUGUUCGCGGGCUAGAGGAAAGACAACUAUGGCAUCGACGUCUGGGACAUCCAUCUGUAGGGUAUUUAGAAAAACUUUUUCCUAAUUUUGUAGGGUUAAAACCUGCGUUUAAGUGUGAAACAUGUAUUCUUGCAAAGAGUCACAAACAUUCGUAUUCUAAUAGCUUGAAUAAAGUUGAUGUGCCCUUUAUGCUUGUUCAUUCUGAUGUGUGGGGCCCUGCUCCAGUUAAAUCUGAAGUUUUUCAUGUGUUCGUUGAGUUCUAUAAUAUGAUCUGUACCCAAUUUCAAAACCAACCCCGCAUGCUCCGAACCGACAAUGGUAGAGAAUAUAUCAAUUCUAACAUGGACCUAUUCUAUAAACAAAAAGGCCUCAUACAUCAAACAUCUUGUCCUAACACAACCCAACAAAAUGGCGUGGCGAAACGGAAAAAUCGUACACUUCUUGAGAUGACCCGUGCUAUUAUGCUUGACUCUCGUGUUCCCACUCAUCUUUGGCCGGAAGCUAUCGCUACUGCCAAUUACAUUACCAAUAGACUUCCCACUUAG